GUCUCCGUCACGCAUUCACAAGCUGAGCGUCUGGGUCAGCACAUAUGGCUGCAGGCAUGAAGGUCAUCUUCUGUGUGGUGGUGCUGCUGGCUGCCGUGUCCAAGGUCUCCCUGAGUCUUCCCUCACGAUCCCUUAUAACAGCCGACAGAUCUGACGGCCAGGCGGCGGCGGCGGCGUGGUCCAACGGCACACGCCAGCGCCGCUCUGCUGCAGCGCUUCCCCCCGUGGACCAGCAAGCCAACUACAACAUGCAAAGCCCACACGAAGAGACGGAGGCUUCCAACACGCUCAGCCAGCUCCUGCUCAGACUCCUCUCCAGGAAAGGCAUGCUCCACCAAAGCAGAUCCUCCAUGGCCAGCAGAGCCAGCGGCCUCGCGGCUGAGCACAGGAUAAAAGACCGAGAUUACGAGGGCUGGAUGGAUUUUGGGAGGCGCAGUGCGGAGGCCUUGGAAGAUUCCUAAAGGCACGUCUCACUCUCUCUCUCACUCUCCUUCCAUCUGUGGCCAAAUGUGACACGGGCAUACACUUACAAGCAAAAUGAUUCACGCUAUUGCAUAAAAUGAAGAUUUGAUGACGAUAGUGGCAAGAGAUGCUCCCAAGUUGGCUUACAUUUGCUAAUGGACAUAAUUCGCAAUAUUCCGUGUUUCGUUGUUGUGUUUUGCUUUAGAAAAGUAAUCCUUGACCUGAUUUGGGAUGUGAUGAUUAUUUGGAUCUAAUGUUGAGCAUUCGAAGCAUCAGAAUGAAUUGAUAACAUUGUUUUGAGAAAUAAGAAAUAGAAGAAUGAAAACAAUAGCAUCUAUGAGUGUAUAGUCUAUCGAAAGACUCCUAUUUCCCAAAUGACUGUCAGCCUUUGAAAUGAUUUUGGCCUAACUGUAUAUUGAUUGGUGUAAAAGCCAUUGAAUCAAUAAAUACUGCUGCAAAUCUUGAAGCACUUUUUUCAACACGACAUAAAGCCCCAUAGCUGCAGAUCUUA